CAUGGUUGAAAUCACAUCAGUCCAUCAAACCCUCUUUUGCUAUAUAUUAGAACCUUAACCCCAAAAAAAACUCAAAACUACGUAAUGGCAGACACUAUGCUGAGCUUUGCUUUGGAGAAACUUUCAACACUCAUAACUGCAGAGGCAGAAUUGCUAGGUAGCCUCUCAGAUGAUGUUAGAAAGUUGCAAUAUGAAUUAGAUAGCAUCAAAGAAGUUCUCAAGGAUGCUGAAAAGAAAGCUGAGGUAGAUAAUGGCGUCCGCGUGUGGCUGACUCAACUAAGAGAAAGCGCUUACCACAUUGAGGAUGUCAUUGAUCAAUAUCUCAUGCUCAAGCAGCAGCAGCAACAACAACAACAACAACAACAUUCGCUGCAAUCCGACUAUAGUAAUAGUCUGAAAAAUCAGUUCUUACUGAUAAUAAACAAAAUCAGUAAGUGGGUGAAGAGCGCAGUUGCUUGCAUCACACAGCUGAAACCUAAACAUGAAUUAAGCUCUGAGAUUAAAAAGAUUCUAGCUGGUAUUGUUGAGAUAAACAACAGAAGAGAAAGGUAUAAACUCAUUACCACAACAGAUGACUCUAGUGAAAAUGAACAGAAUUGGCAAGACCCACGAAUUUCCUCCCUCUUCAAGGAUGAGUCUGAGCUUUUCGAUUUUACUCGUAAGAAGACGCAAAUCUUUAGCUGGUUGAACUUGGAGCAGCAAAAUGAUCAAGAUUGUACGAAGAUACAAGGUCCUCGUGCUGUCAUAGCCGUGGUUGGUAUGGGAGGAUUAGGCAAAACAACGCUUGUUCGGAAAGUGUAUGAAGAUAAGAAGGUCAAAGAAGGCUUCUCUGUUUAUGCCUGGGUGACAGUCUCACAAUCUUACAGAUGGAGGGAUUUGCUAAAUAGCAUAUUUAAGCAAGUUCAGGUGGAGCCUUCUUUACAAUUAGAUGCAUCUGAUGAACACACCAUUAUCAGUAAAUUAAGGAACCACCUUCAGGAAAAGAGGUACAUAGUCGUGUUCGACGAUGUUUGGGAUUCAAAGCUGUGGGUAUAUGUUGAAAAUGCUUUACCCAAUAACAAAAAAUGCAGCAGGAUAAUGAUGACAACGCGAGAAGUAGACGUGGGUGGUGCUUGGAAUGAUCCAUCAGGUGGUCAUCAUCUCUAUAAAUUGGAACCUCUAAGUUCAGAAGCAUCAUGGGAUCUUUUUUGUCAUAAGACAUUUGGUAAUGCAAAUUGUCCUUCUCAACUGGAAAAAUUGUCACAAGAAAUGGUGGGGAAAUGUGAAGGAUUACCACUUGCGAUUGUAGCGAUUGCGGGGCUUUUGUCCACAAAAGAAAAGAUUCUUUCCGAGUGGAACAAUUUGUACAAUAGUUUUGGUUUUGAGAUUGGAAGUAAUCCUCACUUCUCUAAUACCACCAAAAUACUAUUGUUCAGCUAUUAUAAGUUGCCAUACUAUCUUAAGCCUUGCUUCUUGUACUUCGGUAUGUUCCCCGAAGAUUACAUCAUUAGCAGCAACAGACUAGUUCGGUUGUGGAUUGCUGAGAAUUUUAUACAAAAUCAACGAGGCAAAAUGCUUGAAGAGGUAGCGAAAGAAUAUUUGAGCGAGCUUGUCAAUAGAAGUUUGAUUCAAGUUCAUGAGAUAGAUAACCCAACUGAGAGACCACAAUCAAGAUUUCGAGUUCAUGAUAUCCUCCGUGAGAUUAUAAUUCUUCCAAAGUUAGACUACUUAUGCUUUGGUCAAGUUUUAUCAGAGAACAAUUCACUCACGGCCAAUAAAAAAUUGCGACGAUUCUCCAUUUGUAUAGAUGGUUUCAACAAUAGUAUGGUUUUAGAGGUUUUUAAUAACAACACUAUCUUUAAUAGUACCCGUUCUCUUCUUUGGUUUAGCAACUUGUCAGAACCUUACAUGAGCUUUCUUGAAAGUUGCUCGCCUUUUGAAAGUUCUAGAUCUUGAAGGUGCUCCUAUUAUCCAUAUCCCCGAAGAAUUGGGAAAUCUGCAUCACUUGCAAUAUUUGAGCUUGAGAAACACAAAAGUCAAAAUUCUUCCAAGGAGAAUUGGGGAGCUUUGGAACUUACAAACACUAGACCUUAAGCAAUGUUUGAUAGCUGAGCUUCCUAGAGAAAUUGGUAAUUGUCACAAGUUACGCCAUCUUAUUGCUUAUGUAGAGGAGCACAUACACAUACGUUUAGGUGAUAACUUCACCAUAUUCUGGCGUCAAAAGUUAAGGAAGAAAGGAGUAAAGAUACUAGAAGGCAUAUUGCAAAAUUUUCCAGAGCUCCAAAAAUUAGCACGUAUAGAUGUAGCAAAUAAACCUAGUUUAAUGGUUGAGUUACAACAUUUAAAUCAAUUGAGAAGGCUAGAGAUCACAAAUCUUCAUAAAGAGUAUGGAAAGGAUUUGUGUUGUGCAAUAGAGAAGAUGAAACAUCUUCAGUCAUUGAGUGUCCGAUCAAAGUUAAAAGAAGGCGACAUCGAAGACAAAGAUUAUGAAGUUCUUGAUUUAGAAUACACAUUCACACCUCCUCCUUUACUGAAGCAUAUAUACUUGGGAGGACCAUUUAUAUUGGAGAGGUUACCAAUGUGGAUAUUGAUACUCCCCGACUUAGCCAAAUUGGACUUGGCAUAUUCAAGGCUCAAGGAAGUUGGGUUAUAUAUGCUUAAUUUUGUACCUAAUCUAGUAGACCUUACUCUGAAUGAAGCCUUUGAUGGUGAGUGUCUGUUCUUGAAACAUGGUAAGCUUAAGGUU